UAGAAUCUCGAUAGGGCGUUAAAAAUCAUAGAAGAAGAACUUUGGGUCCUCUGAAGAAAACUACGUCGAUCCCUAGGAAGGGCACUUGAUCGAACAAGUCUUCAAACCUGACACGAAAUGGAUUUCCAAGAUCACGCGUACACGUCUACCACAGAUGAUAUAGUUAACCCCGUGGAGAUGGUAUAUAAAUUAAACGCCAAGGAAAUGGAAGAGUUUGUGAAGCUAAGGAUGACAAAUAGGUAUCUCUUUUCCGGGAAAAGGAAUACGUCAAUCUGGGCAUGGAAGGCCAUUCUCAGACACAUGGGCUUGCAAGACAAAAUGAAUAACCGUCAGGCCGCCAAAAAAUGGGAAAACCUGAAAAAACGAUACAAGGAUCUCAAGUUCCAAGAAAAUGGUCAAACGUGGCAUCAUUACACUUUGAUGGACGACGCCAUGGAGGGCAGGCUGGAAGGCAGUGCCCCCGUUUUGGUCAUCAGCCCAUUAGAUAAAGUAUAUAACCCACCCGAAGCUAAGAAAAGAAAAAUGAUCGUCUCGCCAGUUGAAGUUGCGCAAAUUGAGGUCCUGCUGGAUGCAGAUGUUGAAGCGGGAGACGAAGAUUGUCGUGAUGACAACAGGACGGAAGACAGCCAGGAGUUCACCCCGCGAGACGAGGCGACGGAGAGGGAAUCUCGGGCCAUGGAGUUGGAACGCAUGGCCCUGCAACGAGAUCGGGAGCUUCUGGAACGCGAGAUCGCCAUAUUGGAACGGGAACGAGCCCUGCUGGAGCGGGAGAAGUUGCUGAUAGAGAGGGAGAAAGAGAUGGUGGCCAAGGACAGAGAUGCUAUCAACAGAGAGCGGAUGGCGUUGGAGAAACAGAAAAGCACUUCAGUCGGGGAAUCGCCCUUCUCCUACGACACCACCAGUGACCGGCAUUCAAAAGACAAGACUGAGCGCUUCCUGGAUUUGUUUGAAAAACUUGUUGCCAAUUUUUGAUGAAUGAAAAAAUAACAUGGAUUUGUAGAGCUCCUUUUAUGGCAACUGAACAUAAAAACAGUUACAGAGAAAUUGACAAUCACACACAAAGACAGAAGAACACUAAACAUUGAAAGAUGAAUUUCGUUUGAAAGAAUUGCUAUGAUGGAGUGAUUGGAAAUGAAUUUUGAACUUUUUUUUUGUCAAGCUACUACUGUUACUACUUUGUUUAAACAAAUGUCAAUAAUACUGUAAUAAAAAAGCUUGUAUUUUUGGA